AUGUGCGGCCUGCCCGACAUCCCCUACUUCGCUGCAGCUCGUUCUCUAUUUCUCUUCAUCGUCUGCGCCAUCGCCCUCAUCGGCGUCCGUGCCGACGACCUGUCCGAUUUCUCCAACAAUCUAGCCACAGACAUAGGCCCUCUUCUCGCCCUUUUCGGAGAGUCCAUGACCCGGCAGUACCUGAGCGAGAGCACGGACUUUCUGGACUAUUUCAUCUUCGCCAUGGCUCCGAUCGGCAUCCUCACUACCAUCGUCUCCACCAUUCGGGAAGGCGAUGGCGUUGUCGAGGCCGAACUCUGCACGUCCACGAGCCGCGAUGUGUGCGAGCUGUUUUACAAAGGCGGCAUCACGCGUGUUCUCGGCCAGCCAAACGUCCUCGAACUCGUCCAUGUUCCGCGCCUACACUCUCCAGACGAGGUAGGGUUGUACCCCUUCAAGUAUUACCUCAAGGAGUACUGUUGUCGGGAAAGCUCCGACGGGACCGAAUGGAGAGAAAGCCCUGUCGCCAAUGGCUAUUCUCUCAUCUCCCUACCCAAUCUCUCGCUCAACGUCGGCAUCAAAAGACAGAACGACUGGGUAUUCUUCGCUAUUGCUGUCGUGGGGCUUGUCCUGCAAGCCGGAGUCGUCGCUUUUGCCGGAGUCAGUGUUUGGAUUCUCAGAUGGAAUAUUAACGCGGAGACGCUGGCCGCCAGGGACUACGCACCAGCCAUGUCCAUCACUGGCACCAUCCUCAUGUGUGGCGGCAUGUGGAGCUGCGCCGCUCUGAUUGGAGAGACGACGGACGAACGUCGAUUCAUACGCCCACGGGAAUCCGCCUCAAAUAGUCACCUUUACUGGCUCCAGCCCAAGCAAGACGUUGGCGGCCAAACCUUUGAUGCGUUUGCUUAUGUCAACAAGGCAAAGGACAAGACAAAGGACAACGCAAAGGGCAAGACAGACGAAGAUCCUCUCCUUUACUGGACGUUAUCGAUCAAGGACCUCGAAAGGAAGUUCGAGCCACAUACCAUCGCCGCUGUCGCGACCGUGCUGGUCGGCUACAUCAUGCAGUUCAUCGGCCUACGUGGAAUGAAGGCCUGGGUCUCUCUCGCCCAGUUGGGUAUUACUCUUGUUAUGAGCGUCUGCGUGGACUCCUCCGUGUGCAGCGCCUUGGCAGGGACGCGAACAAGCUCGUCUCACAGCCUGAUCGGGACGUAG